AUGUCGGGUCUCGAGAUUCUUGGCGCCAUUGCGAGCUCUAUCGCUUUGGUGCAAGCCGUCCAAGGGACACUCAAGGCUGUCGAGUUUCUACGCCAAAACUCCGAUAUGAAGGGGGAAUGCAACAAACUGAGGAAAGAAAUACUCAUGAUCGACUGCUUCAUCAUGCAGGCCAGAGAGCAGACAGAUCCCAUGAUACCAGCGCAACGUCUCAUUGGAUCUCCAGAACACCCACUAGUCUCCUUGACAGUACAGGAGCUUGAAGAGAUAUUGGAAGAGCUUAAUGAGAUUGUGGAAAAGUACUCACGCUCUCGCAAAGUCCACGACCCGAAGAGGUACACAGAUAAGGUCAAGUGGUUAUCAGAUGCAAGCAAGAUCGAGGAGCUUCGAGAAAGAGCUCAGGCUACUAAGUCUAAUCUGCACAUGGCCAUCACGUUUAGGGUUUCUUCCAUGGUGGAUAGGGGAAAUGUGCGACAAGAAGUGAACAUCGGAUAUGAACUUAAUACAUAUCAUACCGAAGGUGAUAAACCUGAAAUCGACAUGGCAAUAGACAAAAUCUUGCCUUUUGUGCAAGACUGGGACGAGGUGAGCACAACUAAAGUUCACAUAGCAGCAGGAGGGGGAGGAGGAGUGUUGGACGCAUUGCGCGAGCAACCUUGGGCCAUUGACGAGCUUGACGAAGUUGGAGAAGCCCCAAUCCACAUCGCAGCGCGCAGUUACAACUUUGAAGGGCUCGAGCAACUGAUGGCGGCCAAGGCUGACGUCAACCGGCAAAAUCCUGUGGGCUAUACCCCCCUCAUGGCAGUAGCUGAAGACGGCAACGACGAAAUGAUACAGAAACUUCUGGGGCACAGCGAGUGCAAGAAGCGUAUUAGCCAAGGCACUGGCCAAGGUAUAACUGCGCUACAUUUUGCUGCCAAAGCAGGGUCCCUAGCCUGUGUCAGACUGCUACUCGCGGCGGGUGCGCCUGCAUCAAAGACCGACGAAUAUGGUAGAACUCCAAUGACUUACGUCGCGUGGGGGAAUCAAGAAGAUCAUCAAGAAAUCUACGAUACAAUAAAACUUCUACAAGAUUAUGGGGCAGACAUCGAAUCAAAAGAUAGUCUUGGUUUAACGCCAAUCCUAUGGGCAUGUCAAAAAGGCAAUGUCUCGAUCUUGAAGGCUCUUGUUCGAGCAGGUGCAUCACUGGGCGCCAUCGAUUCGGUUCGGCAGAAUAUUAUACAUACAGCAGCUUUUUCUCAUAACUUUGAUGUUGUUCAUUACCUUGCAGAACAAGAUCUUGAGGGAAUAGACCCACAGCUUCGAGACCUCGAGCAGAGCAGCACUCCUCUGGGCAGCUCAAAAUGGAUUUUUAAUAAGUACAACUUGACUUCCAAACCUCUUCCAACUCAAGAGCAACAACAGACCUUCGUCAAGUUCUAUUUCAAGAUGCUGAUAUGCGACUUGAACCGUCACAUGUCGACUCUUCGGAAUAUUCAAGAAGCAAUACAAGAUAGGGACUCAGAGGCCACAUCAGGGCUCCUCGAUGUACUGAUCAAGAGGAAUGAGGCUGGUUUCCGGCAAGAACUUAUUGGCUGGUAUAGAGGACUGAAGUUCUAUGUUUCAGAUGGUCAGUGGGAUAAGUUGAAGGAGGCCAUAUGCGAGGAAUACGAAGAGAUUUCGGAAAAGGCUGAAAGAGCGGCGAUUGCGAGACGGAAAACAUUAACGGAUCCUGAGAUAAAGGAAUUUUUCUGA